GCUUAGCUAAUGGACACACCGCUUUAUUGGCAGUGUGUCCUCUGUUCCCAGAAUUGUGUCUGAAUCUGUCUACAACGGAUCUUACAACCCCAUAACCUUUCUCUCUCCUUCUGCUAUUUCAAUACCUCUUUCUCUCUCUUCUACUCAUCGGAUGGAGUUUGGAGUUUGGACUAUCGUUUUCCUGUUCUCGUGAAGUGCAUGUGAAGCUUGCUGAGAGAUCUGGGCCUUAAUAAUCCAAACGGGUCACCUUCCUUUUUCUGAUUCAGGCGUUUGAGGUGUUUGCCUUCUACCUUUUCUUUUUCUCUCUCUUUUUACUCUCCCCUUUUCCAAGAUGUUACAUCAUCCUCUUAAUGCCUCUGCUUCAUUAAACUCCCUCUCAUUUUGUCACUCUGGGUGGUUGGUACUUUGAGUGAGUGCACUUGAGCUUUCAGAUAAUGCUCUUCUUUUUGCUUGGUUAGCGUCAAAAUUGUGCCUUGUGGUGUUUAAAGUUAUUGGGGUAGCAGCACUGUUGUGUGGGCCGCAAAAAGUUCCUUCCUUUUGCUCCUUUGGUGGGUUCAAUGGGUUUGAUUGAAUGUUGGGUUGUAUUUAUGGUGUCUUGUGGGAGUUUCGGUGGUUGAUGAUUCCUCAUGAAGGGUGUUUUAUUACUGGCUCGAAUCUUUGUAGGUUUUGUUCAUGGGAUAAUUGACCAUGAGAGUCGCGGUUUCCAUUUUUGGCGAGUUUGAAUUCUAGCCUUAUUUUGGCAUUUCCGGGGUGAUUAUUGGGGGUUGAGGGUUGAGCAUUUUUCUUUUCCUUUUUUGUUUUUGAUGCUAUAAUAGUGAAAGCUUGCCGCAGUUAUAGACAAAAAUGAGGGUUUUUAUGAUUUGUUUCAUCAAUUUGGAGGAGAUUCUACUGUUAGAAGGGUUGCUGUUCUGAUCAUGACUAGGGCUGUCCGCAGUAGGAUACUUAAAGAUGCGAAUGGUGAUAUUAGUGAUCAUCUACGCAACCACAUCCACUUGACAAAUUGUAUUCACCUUAAGAACCAUAUGCACAAGAACAGCCCCAUACUGGCUGAUAGGUCAAUCAUGAGAGACCUAGUUGUGCUGCAGAGAUCACGAUCACUUAGAGACCCUUCUGCAAGUCCUCCAUCAUGGCACUCGCCUUCUGUAGUUGACUUGCUUUUCAGAAGAGUUGAAAAUGAUGCCGCGUCUCAAGGGGGAAGAAAAUCUGUUGGUGUAGAGCGCAGGAAGGAAGGAAGAAGAAAUUCUGGCACUUCACCACCCUUGGUGAGUAUAGGUUCAUCAAGAGUUGCUCCGGGUGAGGUUGGUAGGGGUAAUGAUGGGAUGAUGGUGCCUAGUGAACGUAGUAGCAGGAGUGGAAUGGGAGAUGGAAGGAGAGUUGGGAGGGAAGAAUCCGGUAGGAAGAAUGAUAAGCCUGACCUUUUGGAUGUUAAUCAUGGAGAGCCUCUCAAUCAAGCUGGCAAAAGUUUGGCUGAAGAUGUUAUUUCAAGGCACUCUGAGUCUAAAGAUAGAAAGAGCAAGCAGAGGGGGAAGAAUGUUCGAGAUGUUCAAGUUAAGACCCUUUCUCAGCAGCUAAAUGAUGUUCCAUUGGAUAGUGAUGAUUUAGCGUCAUCGAACAUUCAUUUUCGAGGAAGGUUUCCUAGACAGGAGAAGAUUAUUGAGGAGGCAGAAGCCCGGAUGCGCAGUCAUGGUGGUGGAAUGAAUAGGGGGAAAAGGCGCAAGUUUCGAAGCACCCGAAGAACUCGGGUUGCUACAACAUCAAGGGAUAUUGGAGCUGAGAAUGAACUGUCUGUUGCUUCCAACUCAUUAGCUCAGGCUUCAGCUCACCACAAAUAUCACUUGGAGGAGGCUGAGGAGUUUGCCGAUGACAAUGUUACUAGGGCUCCAAAAAAUGGGUGUGGCAUUCCUUGGAAUUGGUCCAGAAUUCAUCAUAGAGGUAAAACAUUCCUUGACAUGGCUGGAAGAAGUUUCUCUUGUGGUUUAUCUGACUCAAGGUUGAAGAAAGGGAUAUUUGCUGCCAAUGGAAGAAAUAUUUCUGAGAUGCCGAUGGCAUCUGAGCGCUCAAGCUCUUGUACAAAGUCUGAUGCAGAGGCACUGCCUUUACUAGUUGAGGCAUCUGGAUCUCACGCAAGCACUGAAAAUGCUUGUUGGGAUCAUGACUAUUCUGGGGAACUAGGUCUUUUUGGUGAUAAUUUAUUCAAGCAUGAUAUUGAUUCUGAUCUCGCUUCUGAAGCUAGAUCUGGUGAUCAGCGUAAGUUGAGAGGGAAUCGUCAUGGUAGACACCAAAGUUUAACACAAAAGUAUAUGCCUCGAACCUUCAGAGAUAUGGUUGGGCAGAAUUUAGUGGCACAAGCUCUUUCCAACGCAGUUGUCAAAAGGAAAGUUGGAUUGUUGUAUGUGUUUUAUGGUCCCCAUGGCACUGGAAAAACUUCCUGUGCUCGCAUAUUUGCCAGAGCUCUGAAUUGUAAUUCUUCAGAACACCCAAAACCUUGUGGAUUUUGCAAUUAUUGCAUAGCACAUGAUAUGGGGAAGAGUAGAAAUAUACGGGAAGUAGGUCCAGUUAGUAAUUUUGAUUUUGAGGGCAUCAUGGACCUACUUGACAAUAUGGUUGUUUCCCAGCUUCCGUCACAUUACAGAGUUUUUAUUUUUGAUGACUGUGAUACUCUGUCAAUGGAUUGUUGGAAUGCCAUAUCAAAGGUCAUUGAUCGAGCACCUAGACGUGUGGUUUUUAUCCUUGUCAGUUCUAGUCUUGAUGUCUUGCCUCAUAUAAUAAUAUCCAGGUGUCAAAAAUUCUUUUUUCCAAAGCUGAAGGAUGCAGAUAUUAUAUAUACACUGCAGUGGAUUGCAACCAAAGAAGGUCUAGAAAUUGAGAAGGAUGCCCUGAAACUCAUUGCAUCAAGGUCAGACGGAUCACUGAGAGAUGCUGAGAUGACCCUUGAACAACUUAGCUUGCUUGGGCAGAGAAUAUCAGUUCCUCUUGUUCAGGAACUGGUAGGGCUAAUCUCUGAUGAGAAAUUGGUGGAUCUGCUUGAUUUGGCAUUAUCUGCUGACACAGUUAACACCGUGAAGAAUUUGAGAGUGAUUAUGGAAACUGGUGUUGAGCCAUUGGCUUUAAUGUCACAACUUGCUACAGUAAUUACUGAUAUACUUGCUGGGACUUAUGAUUUCACAAAAGAAAGGCGAAGAAGGAAAUUCUUCCGAAGACAGCCAUUGUCCAAAGAAGACAUGGAAAAGCUGCGCCAAGCUCUGAAAACCUUAUCCGAGGCUGAGAAGCAGUUGAGGAUGUCCAAUGACAAGUUAACAUGGUUGACAGCUGCGUUGCUUCAACUUGCUCCAGACCAGCAAUAUGUGUUGCCUACUUCAUCUGAUAAUAGUUUCAACCAUAGUCCCUUUGCUCUAAAAGAUACAGAUGUGAGAGAAGCAGCUAGACUGACUGGUAACCCUGUUGACAUUUCUAACAAAGGGAGACGAUUAUCGAUGGAUGCUAGAAUUGAAAAUUUCCAUGCUGGAAGCUCAGCAGAUGGUAUGACCAAAGGUCUUGGUUCUGAGAAAAAACGACAUAGUGUGUCUGGUUUUACCCCUCAACAAGCGCAUUUGCAAGCUGCUGAUAAGAUUAGGAUGAGUGAGAGGCAGAUUUUGGGUAAAAACCGUAGAGACAUCGAAGAGAUAUGGUUAGAGGUGCUUGAGAGGAUACAAGUUUCUGGUCUGAAAGAGUUUCUGUUUAAAGAAGGCAAGCUGAUCUCUGUUAGUUUUGGGGCAGCUCCAACUGUGCAGCUAAUGUUUAGUUCUCAACUGACCAAAUCUACGGCUGAGAAGUUUAGGGGCCAUAUCUUGCAAGCAUUUGAAUCUGUACUUGGAUCUUCUAUAACAAUAGAAAUUAGAUGCGAGUCAAGUAAAGAUGCAGGCUCAGCUGUUCAACUGCCUCUCAAUGAUAGUUUGUCUCAGAUUGGCGACUUUAAUGGUGUUGGUACUCUAGCUCAUCCAUCACUAACUGGUUCUGUUGAAAAUAGAAUGGGUGAAAUUGUAGAAGAAGCAACUUCUCAAGUGGAGCACAAGAAAAACGAGCAGCAGGUUGAUGCUUGUGGAACAUCUUAUAAAAGUUUAGAAGGUACAGGUGUAGGACAAGCAUCAACAUCGCAAAAAAAGCCAAUUGUUAAGUCACAUUUAGACCAAAGAAAGCUUAUGGAGCAAGGUCAAAGUCGAAGUCUUGUAAGAAGCAAAGUAUCUCUUGCUCAUGUAAUCCAGCAGGCAGAAGGUCAGAGAAGUGGGUGGUCAAAACGUAAAGCAGUUUCUAUUGCUGAGAAGCUAGAACAAGAGAAUCUGAGACUGGAGCCAAGAUCAAGGAGCUUACUAUGCUGGAAAGCAUCAAGAGUGACCCGGCGAAAGCUGUCACGCUUGAAAAUUCGAACCCGAAAAUCACGUGCACUGCUGAAUCUUGUCUCAUGUGGGAAAUGUUUGUCUACAAAAUCUCCAAGGUAGUUUUGGGAAUGUUUAGGGUUCAUUCAAUAGCCAAUUUGUAUUUGCCUGUAUUUAGGCUUUUUCCUGACGUGUUAUAGGGUCUAAUUUUACAGGGUCAAGCCUUUUCUUUCUUCUUCUUUCAUUUAAUUAAAUAAAAGCAUGUAGUUAUAUAUCAGGUGAAGAAAAUGUAGGAAAGUAAUUAAACUAGUAAACUCCAUUUUAGUGAUAAGAUAUUGUAUAUUUUUCCUUCGUAGCAUAAAUUUGAUGGAAAUUUCAAAUUAAGAUACAGUUGA